GACAUUUUUAAAUCGCGGAGAUUUAAACUGGAUUGUUACCCCUUCUGCACUGAUCCCUUCUGGACGAACGACAUACCUUUGAGAUUACCCUCUAAACUCUUUAAGCUUCGUACGGCAAAUAAUCACUAAUCGUCUUAAACAAUAAGCUGGUAAUGUCAACACCAGUACUCAUAGGACUUGGUUUAUUAGGAGUCGGAGUUGCGGGACGCUAUAUAUCACGGCGAAUGAAUAUUGGUAGCAUUUCCGAACUUGUUAGGAUUUCUGGAUUAAGCGAUUCAAAAUAUUAUAAAGGUGGCUUUGAACAGAAUAUGUCUAAGCGUGAGGCAGCACUAAUCCUUGGUGUUAGUCAACAGUCAGGCAAAAAUAAGAUCAAAGAAGCUCAUAAAAGAAUAAUGCUUCUGAACCAUCCUGAUAAAGUUAUCUCCGACCUAAAUUUAUGUGAAUCGCGAUAUAUACGAUCCUACUGUGAUUGUAUACAGUGGUCACUACUUUUUCACUGAGUUUAUACAAUGUAUAUAAUUUAUUCUUCAAGAAAUCCUUGAAACAUUCACUUUUUACUCACUUUCUUAGCUGUUUACGCCAAUUGUGACUACUGUCAAUUGAACGGUGUUUAUAAUCAGUUUCCUAUUUGGAGAGACAUAAUUCUCAAUCUAUGCUUACAUCUUUCUGUAUUAAGUCCGUUGACAAAAUUUAUCUCUAAGUAUAUUCACAAUAUGAAUAUUCAGCAUAUGUACAAAACUAAAUGAAAUCAUGAUGCUGCAAUUAAAAUAAGUGAGAAAAUAAACCAAAAGAAGCAAAAAUAUUUUCACACCAGCAAGGAAAGUAUAGGAAAACACGAGUAUACGAAGAUUUCAGACAGACAAAAUCAACGCACAGAAGUAAAUCUUUUCAUGAUGGGAUAAGUACGAUACGAGACUCAUAAAAGUACAGGGAUUUAAAAAUAAAGGUUAGUCGAGACAUUCAAGCUUUAGAAGACGUCAUUGUGGUCGGUUUCUAGUCAUUUCACCAAAAGUCCUCAACCAGGCAUUGUACAUCUCCCCAUACGACUCAGACCAACAGUUAAAGACUUCAUUGACUGGUGUACUGUGUCUUAGUCUGGUCACCCUGAACCAUCUUCCAAUCUAAUACAACUUCUCCCAUCAUGGGACAUCGAGGUAGAUGGUGCCUCGACAUGUGCAGUGCAUGUGGAAGUCAUCUCAAUCGACUAGGUUUCACAACCUCAUCAAUCGACUUGCUUAUCUUGCCCAGUACCCUUCACCUGACCUCAGUGUUUCUCACAUGGUGAUUGCAAAAUACGUGAGCAGUGCUACAAAGAAAUCUGUGGUCAAAAGCUUGCAACUGCUUUCUUUCUUCUGUUUUCAAUUUCCAUGUCUCACAUCUGUACAACAGGACAGAACGGACUGCAGCGUAGUAUACUCGUCGUUUGAUAGGUAGUCGGAUAUUUCGCCACUCGACACCACAGAUGACGCAAGUGGCGUAUGCCUGGGAUGUCCAGUGUCACCAUUCCUGUUAACUUUGCUAUAGAUGCAUUAAGAGACAGCCUUAGGUAUGUCUGACUCCACAGGGAUUGAUCCACUCUCUGGAGGUCAUCUGGCUGACUUGGAGUAUGGAAACGAUAUUCUCAUGCUCAACAAAAUGCAAGAUCUUCUGAAUGCGUUGAAUACAAAUUUGGGUACGUUUACCUUGCGUUUCACACCUGUCAAAUGUAAGGUGAUACUUCAGGAUUGGUCUAAAAGUUAUUCCUAGUUUAAGGAUAGGGAGUGAAGUGGUUGAAUGCGUCGACCACUCCACUUACUUAGACAGUUGCAUCAGACCAAAUGGACUGGUGUCUGACGAAAGGUUUAGCUCGGAUACAGAAGGCUCAUUCGACACUCGCCAACUUACGUCAUUUGUGGCGCCGAGGGUUCAGGGUGGCCAGACUGAGACACAGGACACCAGUCAGUGAAGUCUCUUACUGUUGGUUUGAGUCGUAUAGGGAGAUGUACACUGCCUGAUUGAGGACUUUUGGUGAAAUGACUGGAAACCGAUCACAAUGGCACAGAUGUAUUUACACAUUGACUUCUUAUAAAGCUUGAAAAUUCUCACGAACAUUCAACUUCAGAUUGUUUAUUUUCUCAUCUACUUUUGUCUACUUUGAUAUGAGUCUUUCUCCAGCCACUUGCUUUUUGUACACUUAUGUGAAUUCUGACAACUUUAGCUGAUGGAUCUAAGUUCCAGGUUGAUUUUGUCAGUCAGUCCAGUAGACCUUUCUGGUAUGGUAGAACCCCGAGGGAAAAAGCGUUCCAAUCAGGGUAGCUCGUUAAAAUAAUGUGAUAUACAAGCCCUACCACCACUUCAAGAUAGCAGCUGUUGAUCCGGGGAUGUUUUUGUAGGCGGUUGCAGAACAAGUAUGCGACGCUGCCUUGUCAUUUCAACAUCGUACUGUCAAAUAAAUUGGAUUGCUGCAAACGGCGUUUGCCAAUAAAGAGGGAAAGUCAAGUGAAUUUUCCUUCUGGACUAGAUUAUCACCAGUGAGGCUUUUGAUGCACCUCAUCCAUUUGACGUGGUACUAUUAAUCGCCAUGUGACGUCUGAACUUGAGUAGUUUCGAGAUACGUGCUGAACGUGCUUAAAAUUUUGGUCAAUGCAUUCACAUCUUUCAUCAUGGUUUUGCAAUGGGACCAUGUCAUGUACACAUAUCCUAGGUCGGCUGGAUGCUCUUCGAGCAGAGGACCACUGAUUGAGAAUGUGUAUAUCCGGUUUAUAAAUUUCUGGUCUUCUAUAAAACUAUGGAAGUAAAGAUCUGUUUGGUUUCAUCCCUAACUUGUCUGAUUCAUUUGAAAAAGUUCAUCCAACUUGCAUUUCUGAACACCUUGUUUGUUCUCAGAAUUCGCUUUUAUUAAAACCUGAUUUCGAGAGCUAUUUUUGUAAGACUCAUAGGUUCCGUCACAAUAUGACAUGUCUAUUAUUUUGUUCACGAAUUUGAACAAAUGAAAAGAAAAUGUUUCGUUCAUAUUCAUUUAUGUAGUUCGUCCAUUUUUAAUCCUAAUAGUUAAUGCGAUAAUUAAACCUUUUUAAAGAGUUGGGUCAUUUAUUCUCUUUAGGUGGUUCACCAUACCUCGCUGC